CGCGCGCCGGGCGCCAUCUUUGAGCCGGGCACCGGGGACACGGCGGCGGCGGCGGCCCCGGCGGAGCGCGGCGACAGCGACACGGCGGCCCCCGGGGGCUCGGUAAAACUCCCUGACCGACCGUAAAUAGAGCGCUUCGGAGCCCCGCGGCGGCUGGUGGGAGAUGGGGAGGAACAGGCUGGGGGUGGUGCUGGCCCAACCCCGGCUCCUCCGCAAGGCCGCGCGUCCCCCGCGCUGUCCCCACAGCGGGAGGGGGACGCUGAGGGGCGAAUCAGGGGGAAAUAAAGCCGGGGUUAGGUGGGAAUAAAACCGGGAUUAUGUGGGAAUAAAGCCGGGGUGAGGUGGGUUUGCUCCCCCUGGGCUUUGGGGAGGGGGAGCUGCGUGCCCGGGGUAGGCCCGAGGCCUUUCCUUAUUGCUCGUCCCCUCUCCAAAUUGGCGAUCCCAGCUCAGCUGUUUUCUAAAUCUCCUCAUUUUCAUGUCAAACCUCCUUUUUUUUCCUGUUGUAGCAACGCGUCUGAGGGACAUUUCUAACGUAGUCACCUCAUUCCCUAAAGGAACUUCAGGAGCUGAGUAACUCUGGAUGCAAUUCCUCCCGGAGGUUGUUAAAAACAACGCGAAUCCUUGAAUUUUUGGGGUGUUUUUCUUAUUUUUUAAAGGUUAAUCCUCCCGGAGGUUUUUAAAACAACGCGAUUCUGUGAAUAUUUAGGGUUUUUUCCUUGUUUUUUUUAAGGUUUCUCUUUCUGACGUCGAUUUUUGUUACGGAACCACCAAAAAAGAAAAUUUAUUGUUGUUGUUUUUGUUGAAGGGAUCAGAUCCUCCAGGUUAUUCCCAGAAUUGCACUCAGGGUCGCAUUUCCUAAAUAAAACCCGGCUUUGUUUGGCUGUAAAAAAUAGAAAUAAAGAAAAGGGAAUUUCCUGGGGAAUAAAGGAUUUUGGGGUUGAAUUUGGGCACAGCUGAAGCAGAGCAGGAGGAGUUUUCCAGGUAAAACUUCCUGGUGAUGUCAUUUCCCAGCUCUAAAGACAUUUUUCCAAGGUGAAAUCCAGGGAAAAUCGAAUUUUUUGGGGGAUUUAAGAAAAGAUUCCCAUGAGGGGGAGGAACUGUCACAGGAAAUCGCUGCCAGGCCUUGGGGUUGAGCUCAGAAAUACAAAAAAUGAAAAUAAAUUUUAAUUAUUCUUGUUUUAUUCAAGAGUGGAUGGAGCAGCUUCCCUUGGUUUGGGGUUGAUUCCUGAGGAGGAAAAGCUGGAGGAGAGAGAAAAAAUGGAUUAAAAUGUGGAAUUCCUGGAGCUUUUCCUCCUUUGCCACCUGAUAAACAGGAGGUGAAUCAUCAAAAGAAUUUAAGGCACAAAUGAAGCAGCAGGAGAAGCUUUUCCAGGGAAAUCUGGGGCUUUGAAAUCCAGGAAUUCCUCACAGGGAGGUGCAGGAAAACUUCUUUAUUUUCCCUUUAAAAAGAAAAAAAAAAUUGUGCUGUUUUUUUGGCUUGGUUUUUGCUGACCCUCAGCUGCUGCAUUUUUUAUUUGAUUUUUUAAUAAAUAAUUGGUUUUAAAAAAAUAUUUUACUACAAAAAAUUCAUGAAAAUUUUCAUGAAUUCUGCACAAAAACUGUUUAAAAUUUGAAUUUAUUCAAGACCUGCUGAGUGCACCAGAGUUACUCAUUAUUAUUUUGAAUUUUUUUUUUAAUUUACCACCUUGACACUGGUUUAAAAUUCGACAAAAAAAGAUUUUUAAUGAACUUUUCAUACUAAUUAAAUCACCUUGAUGAAGUUUAGACCUCAGAGGGGUUUUUGGGGGGGAGGUUUGGUUGUUUCUUUUUCUGUUGUUGUUGUUUAUUUUUCAAGGUUUUAUUCCAAUUCUGAACUGAAAAAUGGAAAAACAUGGAAGGCAAAAAACUGAUUUAUUUUCUAAAGGAAUUCGAGCUGAAGGGAUUUCCUUUCCCCUCAGGGUGGUGGGUGUAGGAAUGUUGAAUUUUUAGGUGUGAAAAAAUACCUGAGGAAAGGAAAUUCCACCUUCCAGCCUGGGAAUUCCUCCUGCUUUGGGUUGGAAUUCCUGCUUUUCCCAGCCCUCCCUCCCAGGAUUUCAGUGGUGCCUUCAGCAAACCGAAGAAUUCAGGCUUGAAAUUUGAUUUUUAACUCCCAAGAGAAUUGGGGAAAACACCUGGGAAAACUUGAACUUGCAGCAGAAGGAGCUCCAGGAGUUUUGAGGAGUAAAUUCCCUGGAAUAUCCAUGAGGCAAAAUCAGAUUUUGAAGCUCCAAAAGUGAAUUUAACCCCGUGGAGAUGGAAGAAAAGGAGGGAACCCUGCACUUAAAUCCUGUUUUAUUCCCUUUGUCAAGCAGUCAAAAAACCCCAAUCAUUAAGAUGAAAACCCAACUUUUCCUCUUUUUAUUUUAGAUUUGGGAAAAUUCCUUGGCCAAAAAAACAAAACAAAACAAAAAAAAUCCUGGAAAAUUCACAAAAUUGACUUUGUGUGAGUAAAAGGUUCCAAGUGUUUCUUCUUAAGCUGUAAAGAAAAAUUUCACUGAGUUUUUGUCCUCCCCAAAGAGUCAGAAAUCCUUUGCACAGAAAUAUCAGAGGGGUAAAAUUGAUUUGGAUUUGGAUUUUAGCUGGUUUGGUUGCAAGGUUGUGUGGAAAGGAACCCUAAAAAUCAGAUUCUUAGAAGGAUAUCCAAAUUUAAAAGUGUGAUUCACAUGAAAAAAAAACCGCUGAAUAAAUCAAUUUUAGGGACACCCAACCCCCAAUCAGCUGCUGAAUGAUGGAUGAAUGAUCAGGGAACAGCACAAAUGGAAAACUGGGAAAUCUGAUGGAAAACCCAACAAAUUCCUGCCCCAAAUUCCCAAAGAAUUCCUUGGCUGAGGGAUGGGAUGGAUGAGUUUGUCCCUGUGCUGUCCCCAAAUCCCCUCUCACCACCCUCACCUCAUCCAAACCCCCCCCAAAUAAUUUCAUUUUCCCCCCAGUGAGAGUUUGAUGGGCCAAAAAUUCUGAUUUUUUUUGCUGCUUUUCUCCUUGUUCUGCUGUCCCUGCCUCCUUUGGGGUGUGUAUAAACACAUUUCUGGGUUUAUACACACAAAUUUGGGUUGUUUUUUUUUUUUGUUAUUGUUGUUGUUGUUGUACAGGUCAUAAAUAUGGGGGAAGGUUUUUGUGUUUUCUUAAUAGGUGAAGAAAUCUCAGAAGACCCGAAAUUGCAACUUACUGAAUUAAAUAAUUUAAAAAAAAAUUAAAAAAAAAAAAAUUUAGGAAUUUCCCCAGCUGUGGAAGAUGGAGCCUCAUUUUUUGCAGCCACUUUGAAUCCUGAGUUCAUCUUUAAAAAAAAAAAAAAAAAAAAGGCGCUGGGGCUUUUUUUAAAGAUUUUUUUUGUUGGUUUUUUUAUGGUUUUUCAUUUUUUUUAUUGGAAGAGCUAAAAUAUCCCUGGCUGUCUCCAGUGUGGCAGAUUUACAAUGGACUCAAUUCCUCCAUUAGUUGUCAGAUUGUUCUGAGAGCACCUCAGAGUUUGGAAUUGUUGGCUGAGAGGUUCCCUUGGAAUUGUCAGGAGGAAAAACAAAACAAAAAAAAAAGCAAAAAAAAAAAAAAGGCAAAAUUCAAAAAUUGUUUCUGCCCCUUUGUUAUUCAUUCACGGACUCCUUCGGCCUACAGGAGAGGGAACUGCAUGGCUGGGAAGAUCAAAGCCUGUGCUCAACGUGGCCAGAGUUACUUUUAAAAAGAAGCUGUCAGAUCUAAGCCAGGAGAAGCCUUUGAGAAGCCAAUUCCUGCCCAGGCUGGAGGAGGGAGAGCCCUGGGAGGAGCAAACCCUGAGUAGAGAGUGAGGAUCAUGUCCAGCCAGGGGGAUGACUGCUACUUCUACUUCUACUCCACCUGCAACAAGGGUGAUUCCUGUUCCCAUUUUUUGCUGAUUUCUCUCCAUCCCAGGGUGAUUCCUGUUCCUUCCGGCACUGCGAGGCCGCCCUGGGCAGUGAGACCGUCUGCACUCUCUGGCAGGAGGGUCGGUGCUUCAGGAAUGUCUGCAGGUUCAGACACAUGGAAAUCGAUAAAAAGCGGAGUGAGAUCGCCUGUUACUGGGAGAACCAGCCUGGGGGCUGCCAGAAGCACAACUGUGCAUUCCACCACACCAAGGGCAGAUACGUGGAUGGGCUCUUCCUGCCCCCCAGCAAAACCACUCUUCCAAGCCCCCCUGAAGCUGCAGAGGACGAGGUGAAGAUGGUGCAGCUGCAGCAGAACAAACUCUCCGUUCAGUCCAACCCCUCCCCCCAGCUCAGGGGGGUGAUGAAAGUGGAGAACUCUGAGAAUGUCCCCAGUCCCACCCACCCCCCCGUGGUCAUCAACGCUGCAGAUGAUGAUGAAGAUGAUGAUGAUCAGCUUUCUGAAGAAGGAGAAGAAACCAAGACCCCAGUCCAGCCCCCACCCACAGAAACCCACAAUGGCCUGAGGGUGAUUUCCACCAGGAAAUCCAAUCCCAGUGCAAAGCAAGAUGACAACUUAAAUUUUGGAAUAAAAACCUUGGAAGAGAUCAAACUGAAGAAACUGAAGGAAAAAGCCAAAAAACAAGGUGAAGGUCCUUCAGGAGUGGCUGUGGAUCCUCUCCAAGCCCGGAACAUUCCUGUGCCAGAGAAGGAAAAUGUCAGGACUGUGCUGAGAACUGUGACCCUCUCCUCCAAGGAAGGAGACGACCCUGUGAUCCAGCUGAAUCUUCCUGACAGACUGGGGAAGAGGAAAACCCUCAUGGGUGGGAAAACUUUCCUUCCCCUGAGGAGGAACGUUGCUGACAGGCUGGGGAGAAAGGCAGAGCUGCAGGAAAACUCGGAAAAGGCCCCAAAAAGAGGCACAGUUCAAGUCCUGAAGUCCCUGAAGGAGAGGCUGGGGCUGCCCUCUGAGCAGAGCAGCACUGAGACAGACAAAACUGCCAAGCCCAUCGAGGAGAUCAGAGUGAAAACCCUGGAGGAAAUCCGCCUGGAAAGAGCCAACCAGAGGAGAGGAGAACCCCCAGCCAAAAUCCCAGGAGAAGGAAGGAAAACUGAAGAUGCAAAUUUAGGAGCAAAACCCUCCCCAGCUGCUCGCAGCAAAUCCCUGACGGGAGCCCUGGCUGAAAAAAACCACAAAAGGUUGGGAGAGAAGGAAAAACCCGAGGAAUUCAGCAGCAGGGCCAAAAGUGAGGCUGAUGCCAGGAAACAGAACAUUCCUGCUCCAGCUGGGGCAGGCAGGGUGCAGCUGGCAGAGGCUGGAAGAGCCAAAGGAGCCGGAGAAGUUCGGAUCAAAACCCUGGAGGAGAUCAAGAGGGAGAAGGCGCUGAGGCUGCAGCAGAGCGGGGAGAACGUUCCUGCUGCCCCCGGGCCGGCCGAGGCUGCCCUGAGGGGCAGGAAACUGCUGAGGGUCACCAAGCUCCUGGCACCUGGAAGAGAAGAAAAAAUGAUUGUGGAGCUGAACAAACCUUCCCCCAAAAGUGGCUCUGCCCCUGCUGAGAAUUCAGGGAAUUCUGGAAUUCAGGUGAAGAGCCUGGAGGAAAUCAUGUGGGAGAAACGGCAGCAGAAACAGCGACAGGAGGAGAAACUGCAGCAGGGAGCUGGGGCAGUUCCAGCCCCUGAAAACCAGGAAAAAAUCCAGGAUAAAAACCAGGAGAAAACACCAGGAUCAGGGAGCCCCGAGGCUGCUGUGGGGUCAGCCCAGCUGGGCAGGAGGAGAGGAGGGAAACCCGCCGAGGAUGGAGUGGGAACCCCAGAGAAGGAGCCGGGGAAAAAGGGAGCUCAGCUGCCCGAGAGGAGAGGCAGAGCCAAGUCCAAGGUGUGCCUGAAGCCUCUGGAUGCCAAAGCCCCUCCCAAGCAGCCCCUGAAGAGGAAGGGCCCUGAGGGCCACCCCCCUGCUGUGGUGGCAGUGAAACCACUCAGUGCCACCAGUGGGGACACCCAGGAGUCCCCAGCCAAGGUUGUUCCCCCUUCUCCAGAGGACAGCCUGGACUCCAACCCUCGGAGGGAGAAUUCCCAGAGCAGCCCUGAGCUGCAGCCUGGCACCCAGGGGGAUUCCCUGGCACAGUCAGAGGUGUCUGGAUCUUCCUCUUCAUCCACCACCUCCUCCUCCUCCUCCUCCCUGGAGGCUCCCCUGAAGCUGCGGCGCCUGAGCUCGGCCGGCGCCGCCAAGGCCUCGCUCUCGGUGGAGGACGACUUUGAGAAGCUCAUCUGGGAAAUCUCUGGGGGAAAACUGGAGGCAGAAAUCGACCUGGAUCCAGGCAAGGAUGAGGAUGAUCUCCUGCUGGAACUCUCGGAGAUGAUUGACAGCUGAGAAGGGGAGGUUUUGAGAAAAAAAAAUUUUAAAAAAGGGGGAAAAAGACGCGACACCAAAAAAGAAAAACCACCCUAAAAAAGCAAAAUUUUCUCCUCACCUCCCACAAAAAUCCUGUAAAUGUUGUUGGAUCCGUGGAGGAGAUCCUGCCCCAGCUGGAAGCACAGUUGGAUUGUUAGGAUUAGGCAGAGUCUGCUCUCAGUUAUCCCAAAAUUCCGGGCUGAGUUUGUCCCCCCACGGGACAGGACAGAGCACUUGGAACGCCCUGAGGGGCCACAGAUCCCAUCUCCAGAGCUCCCUCCUGCACAGAGAAUCCCAAAAAUCCCUGGAGUUACUGUGUCAACUCUGGGAGCCACGGAUGGACUCGCAUUUGGGGGGAAUUCAGGGAAAAGAGGCAAAAUCUGAGGCAGGAUUUUGGACCAAAGCCUGCCAGGGUGAGCCUGGCUCGGGAUGAUCUGGGGGAUUUUUCCUGGGAUCCUGCCAUGGGGGAAGGCAAAAUUCCUCCUGGGAUUUGGGGAAAGGAGCAUUGCUUCAAGUGCCUCUGGGUUCUGAGGAUUUCCCCCUGCAAUGAACCUCCCACAUCCAGCUGGGAUCGUUCUGGGAGGGAAUAAAAAAGCACCUGGAAUGUUCCCCCUUGGCUGCUUCCCUCUUUUCCAGCCCCUUGGAGAUGGGAUUGAGAGAAAUCCCCGUGGGGUUUUUCUUUUUUUUUCAUUUUGUUUUGGGAUUGUUUUUUUCCUGUAAAUAUUUUAUUCUUCCAUUUUAUAUUUGUAUGAUUCUAUUUAAGGGAUUAAAGGUAGGCUGCUGAC